AUGGAGGCCAGGUCAGACAGCAGCAGCAAGAACAACAAUACCCAGCGGCUUUGCUCGUCCCUCCCCCCAAACCUGUGGCAUAAUCAUCCGUCCGCCAAUUCUCGUGGGCGCAACCGCCUGUUCGACCCUCCACUAACCACCUCUUCUCCUCUUGAUGAACCCAUUCUUGCACGUCGCACUGCAGGAUUGCGCCAACUGAAUGGCCUCCCGCGUCAGUUUCAGCGCAGCCAUAGGCAUACUACUUCUAUCUGUAGCAGAUCAUCUUUGCCCUCCCAGCCAGUGGUAGUUAGGACGUACUCUGCCGAAACUGAUGCUCAGACACAGCCAUCUGCCAUGUCACGAGGUACCUCCGCUGCAAACAGACCACCUGCCCAGCUGCCACCCGUCCAGGACUUCGGCAUUGACGGUAUUCUCAGAGCAAUUGAACCUGAUAUUCAAAGCACUUUUUUAAGGAGCAAUCGCUGA